GGUCCCCACCCCUCCCGGCCCUUUCUGCACUGUCAUCUCCUGCCCCGCGGAGGCUCAACCCGGGAGCGGGCCGCCCGAAACGGGCCGAACCGCGAGCCCCACUCCACCGGGCAGAGGAAGCAAGGGAAUCUCAGAUUGGGCCGACUUCGAGCCUCACCACCCGCAGCGGCGCUCGCAGGAGGCUGGGGCUCAGGAGGGAGGCCCUGAUUGGGAGAGCCUACAACUGACGUUUAGAGAGGGGAGGAGCCUUAGAAGACUGGAGAGAAGCUGCAGGCAAGAGGCGGGAGAAGAGUUCAGUACUGUGGUGCCCGAGUCCAGUGCUGCGGAGCCAUCUGGCCGCUGAGGUCAAGCCCGGACCAUGGGCAACUCGCAGGAGCGGCCUUCGGAGACCAUUGACCGUGAGCGCAAACGCCUGGUGGAAACGCUGCAGGCGGACUCGGGACUACUGCUGGACGCGUUGGUAGCACGGGGAGUGCUCACCGGGCCAGAGUAUGAGGCACUGGAUGCACUGCCUGAUGCUGAGCGCAGGGUGCGCCUCCUGCUGCUGGUGGUGCAGAGCAAGGGCGAGGCCGCCUGCCAGGAGCUGCUGCGUUGCGCCCAGCAAACCUUGCGCGCGCCAGACCCAGCCUGGGACUGGCAGCACGUGGGCCCUGGCUACCGGGACCGCAGCUAUGACCCUCCAUGCCCAGGCCACUGGACGCCCGAGGCACCCAGUUCGGGGACAGUGUGUCCCGGGCUGCCCAGAGUUUCAGAUCACUAUGAGGCAGGAGGUCCUGAGGGCUCUGAAGCAGUGCAAUCCGGAACUCCAGAGGAGCCAGAGCCAGAGCAGGAAGCUGAGGCCUCUGAAGGGGCUGAGCCAGAACCAGAACCCCAAAUGGAUCCAGAACCAGAGCCGGAGGCAGAUCCAGAACCAGAGCCUGAGCCUGACUUUGAGGAGGGGGAUGAGUCUGAAGAUUCCUGAAGGCCAGACUACCUGAAGGCCAGAAUACUGACCUGACAUUUCCUGCCCAAGCCCAAGUAAGAUAGAACCUGGGAUUAUGCUGGAGCUGGAUCCAGUGCCACCAAAGCUCCAUCAUCUUAUGUCUUAUUGGAAGUGAAUAAACUCUAACUAACCUA